CUAUGCUCCUUCUCACCAUCAGCACGGCCGUCCAUGCCGACCAGCUUAGUGAGCGACGGACAGUCUCACCAAGCUGCUCUGAGGUGACUGACUUCGGGUCUACUGAGCGAAUCCUCGAGCAGGCGAGUACUGCAAUGCGGCCGUCAAUGCGCACUGUAAGUAACUCCCCUCUCACGAAGAGUUGACGGGAGGGCCGUGCCAUAAUGCCUGCGGAGCUCCUCGCCUCGACGACCGUCGCAGGCAUCUACACCCCCAUCAGAGCUUUCCGUCUGCAAGACCCGCUCAUCAACAUCACGAACAACGGCGGCAUCAUCGCCCAGGAGACCGAUGCCAUCGGCUCCAGUGAGCAUGCUUUAUCCUGCCGACCUCGAGCCUCGACACCCUCUGACUCCCCUCUAUCCGGACACACUCUUCCGCAGUCACUUACCUGAUCGUAGACAACACUCAAGGCUACUUGACGAUCAUGUGCUCAGAUGGGGGCAGCAACAGCUUCCAGUUCUACUUUGAGCACAGUGGAAGUGCAGUGACGAAUGAGGAGAG